AUGAUUUGCGAGGCCUUCCCCGAAGAGGGCGAGCAGCCCAGGGCGGUGAUUCCCACACGUUACAAAGGCAUCCUCGCUGACCGCAUCCGGACACGCGUCUUGCAGCUCGCUGGUCACAAGGCGCCAAGGUUCGUCUCCGAGCAAGUCCGCGGAUCUGCGCUGGCUGAACAGCCUGCACAUCGUGAACCGGGUCACAACAACAGCACGGCGAGGUGCUUCGCCUAUCGGAACGAGUACAGCGCUUCGACUUGUCUCUGCUCGGUGCCGCCUCGAUACACUGCGCUGGUCUUCGCCACGGGAUCGUCAGUGACUUGCAAACACCGAAAGACGCUACUUGUCUCGCAGCACGAGGUCACCUUUUCUUUGUUCAAGGUCGAGUCUGGCCAGCUUAGAGAAGCUGUCAUCUAA